AUGGAGAGUUUACAGUGGUUGCAAUGGGUUGCACCUUGCCUUUUAGCUGCCGGAAUGCUGGAAACUUUGGUGGACGUCUAUUUUACCUUCGCCAUGAUCACAACAAGUCGAGUGGGCUGGAUGCCGUUCUCUGCGACUGGGGACUCAAAAAAGGCCUGGGAAGUUUUUCCGUUCAUGUUGACAUGUUCGCUGUCAGCUUCUCUCAUUGGGUGGAGACUAAGAUGGUGGUGGACCGGCAACACAGUGGCUUCAGAAAUGGCUAUCAAAUCAGUAUCGGAUGAAAUGGCUUUAUCGAAGGGUGUUAUGGGUUUUGCCGUCGGAUGGACGGUCGCUGUUAGCGGUCUCGCUUUAAUUAUCAUAAUGCUCUCAGACUGCGCGGAAGACGGGGCUAACUACAUCGCUAGCGUCCCGUACCUAUGGAAACCUGACGCGUGGUUAAACGAUCAGCACGGAGAUAUUAAGAUAUGGUACAGAAACACAAAAGGGGAAGGUUCUUUGCAGCAAUACGCGGCAACUGCUGCGCUUGACGGAACAGUGCCAAUCCCGGAGACCGAAACAGACGUGUGGCUUCAGUUGGAGAAAAAGCCUUUGCAUUGUGGGAACGCCAUUGUUGGUAAAGAUCAGGAACGUUUAAAUCAAGAAAGAAGAAGCACAUCCGGGCUUCACAUGAUUAUAUUGAUUGCUGAGCAUCUCGUUGUACUCCCUUUGCUUUUUGUGGUUGUGUUUGCCGUCGGGAGGUUGCAUGAUACCUUAGACUGCAGCAAUUUUACUGCCUUAAAGCAACUUGCUGAUGGUGUUAUCAUUAUUUCGUUUUUGGAAGUCGCAAUCGGCAUCAAGAACAUCUUAUGGAGUACGAGGGGAGUAGCAAAAGGAGAGCGUGCAAAACCUUCAAGUGAUGAACGACUCCGGGAGUUGAGAGUCUUCUAUGCCAAACACCUAACAGCGGAGGAAUCAACAAGCCUAAAUGAUCUGAAUAUUGAAUAAAUGGACGCGAAUGGUACUCGAUAGCAGAGAUUCACAUAUGCCACAGA